AUGGACGCCUCGGUACUGAACAUUAGCCUGCACAACAAGACGGCCGAGGGACGGGCGGGCUGGCGUCACGCGGAGAGGGACGACGGACCGGACGAAUCGGGAGAAUGGUCCGGCGUAGCAGACGAAGACAGACCUACAAUCUGUGCGCCCCGUUCGUUCCUUCCCUCUCGACAUAACCCUUCGCUUCAUUUCAUCCUUGUGAUGCUGCUGCUGCUGGCUAUUGCCGUUGUCAGCCUUAUGGUCUGCAUUUGA